AUGGUGAUUGUUGCUCGUGCAAAUCGAAAAAUGGGUAAAACGAAGUUUCAAAAAAGUUCCGCUGUUCAAAGAUCACAAAGGUUAAACUCCGAUGUCGACGAUCUUGCUCCAUCUCUCUCCCAGCAGCCGAUUCUCAGCGCAGAUCAUCCAGGUUUAAGUAUCAUUUCUCUUCGUUUAGAUGAAACGAACUAUGAUGAUUGGAGUUUUGCGAUGCAUAUUUCUUUUGAUGCUAAGAAUAAGAUCAAGUUUAUCGAUGGAAGCUUACCUAGGCCUUUGAUCACAUAUCCUAACUUUGAUUUAUGGUCUAUAUGUAAUAGUAUGGUCAAUUCUUGGUUGUUGAAUUCUGUUUCUCCUCAGAUCUAUCGUAGUAUCUUGCGUUUGAAAGAUGCUACUGAUAUUUGGCGUGAUCUCUAUGGUCGAUUUCACAUGACUAAUCUCCCACGCACUUUCAAUCUGAUUCAAGAGAUCCAAGACCUUCUUCAAGGUUCCAUGUCGUUAUCUGAGUAUUAUACUCGUCUCAAAACCUUGUGGGAUCAGUUAGAUGGUUCAGAGGAACCAGAUGAUCCAUGCAUCUGUGGGAAGGCUGCUCGUCUGCAACAAAAGGCAGAGAGAGCUAAAACGGUGAAAUUCUUGGCUGGUCUAAAUGAGUCUUAUGCGAUUGUUCGCAAGCAAAUUAUUGUGAAGAAGGCUUUACCUCCUCUGGUUGAGGUAUACCACAUCCUGGACCAAGAUGACAGCCAGAAAGGGUUCACAAUUACCACUCCUCCCGCAGCUUUUCAGGUCUCUCAGGCCGUUCCUCAGAUUUCUCAGAUGGUCCCCUCUUCACCAUUAUCCUCGGGUGUUAUGUAUGUUCAGAAUGGCCCGAACAAAGGACGACCAAUAUGCUCCUUUUGUAACCGUGUGGGACACAUAGUUGAUCGAUGUUACAGGAAACAUGGUUUUCCUCCUGGUUUCACUCCAAAAGGGAAAUUCACUGAUAAAAUUCAGAAACCUCCAGUAGUUGCAGCUCAAGUUUCUCUACCUCCAACUCCGGAAAAGACCUCAACCAACAUGGAGACCUUGAUUGGAAAUCUUUCUCCGGAUCCGUUGCAAAACAUCAUUGCACUUUUCAACACUCAACUACAAACUGCAUCUCCUAGAGCUGUUCCUGUUGUUGCUACUGCAAGUACUUCUCAAACUCCACAGACUCCUCUUGAUCAUCCUGGUAUCUCAUUCUCCAGUCCCACAUACUCUUUUAUUGGUAUUCUGGCAGCUUCGAAACAUACACUUUCCACAGAUACAUGGGUGAUUGAUUCUGGUGCAACACACCAUGUGUCUCAUGACAGAAAGAGUUUUGUUACUUUGGAUACUUCUGUGGAAAAUUUUGUGAACAUGCCAACAAGACAACAUGUUAAGAUCAGUGGAGAUCCUACCAAGGGGGUGAUGAUUGGUAAGGGUUGUCGGAUUAGCAAGCUCUAUGUGCUCGAUACAAAAGCUUCUUUAGCAUCAGUUAAUGCAGUGGUAGACAUUGGUACGUGGCACAAGAGACUUGGACACCCUUCUUACUCAAGAUUGGAUGUGAUUUCUGAAGUUUUGGGAACUACAGGACACAAGAAUAAGAAGCCUGCUUAUUGUCAUGUUUGUCACUUGGCAAAGCAGAAGAAGUUAUCUUUUAUAUCUGAAAACAACAUUUUUAAUUCAACUUUUGAGUUGUUACACAUUGAUGUUUGGGGACCCUUUUCAGUGGAAACAGUUGAAGGUUAUAAAUAUUUUUUGACCAUUGUUGAUGAUCAUUCAAGAGCAACAUGGGUUUAUUUGCUUAAGAACAAGAGUGAUGUUCACACGGUCUUCCCUGCUUUCGUUAAUCAAGUUGAGAAUCAAUAUAACACUAAAGUGAAGUCAGUAAGAUCAGAUAAUGCUAAAGAGUUAGCCUUCACUCAAUUUUAUCAGUCACGUGGUAUUGUUUCCUAUCACUCUUGUCCGGAGACACCUGAACAGAAUUCGGUAGUAGAGCGUAAGCAUCAGCAUAUUCUCAACGGUGCUCGAGCUCUCCUCUUCCAAUCAAAUGUUCCUCUGGCUUAUUGGGGAGACUGUGUCCUGACAACAGUGUUUCUGAUUAAUCGUACACCAUCUCAGCUGCUCUCGAACAAGUCCCCGUUUGAGCUUCUCACUGAAUCUCAGAAGGAAAUUGUUCAUGUUACCACCCUCACACCUACGAAUUCUUUGUCUCCUAGUAAUUCUAUUUCCACUCCUCAAACUUAUGCACCCAUUUCUUCUCCUAAUAUCUCUUCUUCACUACAAAUUUCUCCACAAAGAGUAAGGAAACCUCCUGCUCAUUUGAGUGAUUAUCAUUGUUAUUCCCUUAACACUGAUGUCCCUCAUCUUAUUUCCUCUUUUUUGUCCUAUUCCAAAAUUUCUCCAUCAUACUUGGCUUAUAUCAAUAACAUUACCAAGAUUCCUAUUCCCUCUUUUUAUAAAGAGGCAAAGACGUCCAAGGAAUGGUGUGAGGCAGUUGAUAAAGAGAUUGCCGCGAUGGAAAUGACUAACACCUGGGAUGUUACUAGUCUUCCACCAGAUGGAUCACUAGAGUGCUAUAAAGCCAGGUUGGUAGCUAAGGGUUCCACUCAAAAGGAGGGUUUGGAUUACAAUGAAACAUUCUCACCAGUUGCUAAGAUGCUUGACAUCUCUAAUGCUUUCUUGAAUGGUGAUCUUGAUGAAGAUAUUUAUAUGCGGCUUCCAGAGGGAUAUGCUGAGAUUAAGGGGGAUGUUUUGCCUAAGAAUGCUGUUUGUCGGUUGAAGAAGUCUAUUUACGGUUUCAAACAAGCUUCUCGACAAUGCUUUGGAGAUGAUUUCAUUGUUGUGUUGGUUUACGUUGAUGAUAUAGUCAUUGCUAGCACUACAGAUUCUGGUGCAAAUCAAUUAACCGCAGCUUUGAAGCAGAGUUUUAAGCUAUGUGAAAUUGCAUUAAAUGCUCUAGAGCUUCUGACUUCUUCUGGCAUGUUGGCUUGUAAGGAUGUCAAGACUCCCAUGGUUCUGAACCUGCUACUCUCACGGACUUCUGGUGAGCUCUUACCUGAUAAAGAGAUGUAUCGUAGUCUUGUUGGUCGCUUCAUGUAUAUCACCAUCACAAGGCCGGAUAUCACGUUUGCUGUGAAUAAGUUGUGUCAAUUUUCCUCUGCUCCCCGCACAUCUCAUCUCACAGCAGCUUAUCAAGUUCUUCAAUACAUCAAGGGGACUGUUGGACAAGGACUUUUCUAUUCCGCAGAACCAGCCCUUUCUUUGAAAGCUUUUGCAGAUUCAGAUUAUGCUUCUUGUCCAGAUAGACGACGAUCAACAACAGGUUUUACAAUGUUUCUUGGUUCGUCCCUUAUCUCAUGGCGUUCUAAGAAGCAGCAUACCAUUUCACGUUCUUCUGCAAAGGCUGAGUAUCGCGCAUUGGCUUUAGCUUCUUGUGAGAUGAUGUGGAUCACUACUCUACUUCGUGAUUUGAGAAUUGGUAUUUCCUCUGUUCCAAUCCCCUUUUUGCAGCAAUCUACAUUGCCACAAAUCCGGUUUUUCACGAGAGGACCAAACAUAUGA